UCGAUUUUCUCGCCUGCCCUCUCGUUCGAAGCAUCAGUAACGCGUCUAUCUUCCCAUCUAAAUCACUACCAACAAUGCCUCCCAAGAAGAACACCACCCCUUCCAAGGCAAAGGCGCCUGCCGCCGCGCCUGCCCAUGGCUCCUACAUCGACAUGGUCAAGGAUGCUAUCAUCAACCUUAAGGAACGAAAUGGAUCAAGCCGUCAAGCCAUUCAGAAAUACAUUCGUGCCAACAACAAGGUCGAGAACGUCACCGAUGCCGCCUUCAGGAGUCACGUUAACCGCGCCAUCACGUCAGGCGAGGAGAAGGGUGACUUCGCGCGUCCUAAGGGCACGUCUGGACCAGUGAAGCUUGCGAAGAAGGAGGCUAAGCCCGUUACUGCCACCGCUACCAAGAAGUCUGAGCCCAAGGCUGAGAAGAAGACCACUGAGAAGAAGGUCACCGAGAAGAAGACCGCUGAAAAGAAGACCGAGAAGAAGACUGAGAAGAAGGUCGCUGAGAAGAAGGCCCCCGCUACCAAGAAGGCCACCACCACUAAGGCUAAGGCUACUACCACCGCCACCAAGGCUGCUCCCAAGAAGGCCGCCGGCCGCCCAAAGAAGGCUACCACCACAGCUGCUGCCACCAAGGCUGCUCCUGCUGCUAAGCCCAAGGCCAAUGCUAGCAAACCCCGCAAGACUGCUCCAACCACUGCCGCCGCCCCUGCCGUCGAGGAGGAGGUAUCGCGCGUUCUAGGCAAGACCAAGUCUGGCCGUGUCACCAAGACCAAAGCUCCCGCCGCAGCCAAGGCAACAAAGAAGGCACCAGCAGCAAAGAAGACUGCUGCGGCGAAGAAGGCCACCACACCGAAGAAGAAGGCCACACCUAAGAAGGCCACACCAAAGGCCAAGGCAUGAGCUUUAUAGCUCAAGCUUUUUCGUUCUGGUUGGUCUUCUUUCUUUUAUUAUGCUACCGUGAGUUCGCUCCGGAGCGUACGCUAGACGACAUUUUCUUCACGGAUUCCCUUUGUCUCACUGCUGGUCUAUGGAUUCUAUAGGAGGGCGCGGUUCUACCAUGGGUGAAUGUGGGUAAGGAAGGCCCACGGUGUUCGUCUCUGACUCUUUCAUGUCGGGUAUAUCAUGUUGGCCAGGCGUUCGGGCGCGUGUCUGUCACUGCGGAUGGAUGUCUGCUACUACUGUCAUUGUUCUUUUCAGCGUCGCAAUCUGGCGUUACGGGAGGAUAGCUACGACGUCAUGCUAUUGUCUCAAACAAUGGAAACCAAUACAUACUUCAAACAUG